ACAUGGAAACACACCAACCAUAAUAUCUCUCUAUAUAUUUUGACACAAACAAUCCCACACAGCAGCUCACAUGACCAAAAAUGGAGAAGCUGAGGAGAUCAUCCAAAAAAAGCAAGCCCGAUAUUGCCCGGUGCAAGAAGCACCCAAAGCACCAACAAUCGCCCGGCGUUUGCAGCUUGUGCUUGAGAGAAAAGCUUGAACGGCUUGCUCAAAAGCUGUCAACUUAUUCUGGCUCGCCACUUCUACUACGUAGAACCUUGUCUAUCACCUCUCCUUCGACGACGUCGUCUUUAUCUUCGCAUUACUCAUCCUCUUCGGGUUCUUCUUUGUCGUCUCCGGCACCGGGAUAUGAGCAAAAGGGCCCCAUUUCUUGGUUUCUGAGUGGUGACAAUAAUGUGCUCACUAAAAGUAGGUCGCUGGUUAAUUAUAGU